GUUGUCAGUACGUGGAGUGGGAGUCGUGCAGCGUGCAGCAUGUUGUAUCACCUGUUGCUGCAGACAGUAAAGACACAACAGUCAGCAGGUGUAUCACCUGGUCAGCCUCACCUCCUGCUGUAUGACCUUGAUGACAGUGUCGACGGGGAGAAGGCCGUCAACGACUUGUCACAGGCGGCGAGCGGAGGGUCGUUGUACGUCAUCGCUGAUGAAGUAGCGAGUGAGUACAGUGUUGACUACAGAAUCGAGAACUUCCAGACUUUGUGUCAGUUGCUGCUGACACGAGUUCCUCGUCUGCAUCUGUGGGCGGCAAGUUGUUUCGAUGGAGAUGCACCCGCCUGCUGGCAAGUGGAAUAUUUAACCAGACCCCUCCGCUCUCCCCCGUCCGUCGUCAGGGAAGUCGAGCAGGACUCGAGGAUCACUACAGACCGUGAUGUACUGCCGUACAGUGAGCGAGGUGUGCCCGACCACACAGACGGCCCGCCAGUCACACGACUGUCUCACCGAGGUCAGGGUCACCCAGGUCCAAGGCCAGUUGACUGUGUGACGUGCGGUCCACAAAGAGAUAUCAAAGAGGACGUUGAAGCAUUUGGAUUAAAAAGUCAUGAAAGACACAACUGCAACUACUGCAACCAAAAACCUUUGGCGCUCUUUGAUGGAUCUCGCCACAAAGAUGUUAGAUAG